CUCUGCCUUUCUUGCUGUGGGGGCAGUGAUGCAGGUAUGACAUACAGCCCUGUUCUCCCUCCGCUGGGAUCCCCUCUGGUGCAUCAUUAGCAUUCACUGGCUGGCUGGACUGCAUCAUUGUUAUAGGAGAUUCCAGUGCAGUGAAUCCCUCUUUCUUGGAACUCCGGAGCUGAACUGAGCACAGAGAAGCAGCAGAAGCAAAUAACUUCACAUUACAGGGAAUGACUGUCAUCCUCACAAUGGAUCAGAGUAAAGAAGAACCUGCCAAGUCUUCCUAGCUCCUGAUUGUACAAAGUUACGGAUCUCUCACGUAUCAUUGGUCAACACUCCAAACUACACCUUCCUUCCUACUGAAAGAAGCAAGUCAACAACAUCUAGCUCAAACCUGAAACAUUAUCAAAAGCUUUGUAAGAAACUCUAUCCUGAAAGUUUACAGCCAUUCUCUUUGUGAGCUCAUUGCACUGAGCAUCAGGUCAAUUUCUAAUCAGAGGGAAGUUAUAUUUGUGUAGCUGGUGUUAGAGACUGCACAAAUCAGUAAGCACACUCAUAUAUUAGAAAAUAUACACACACAGCACUAUACUGUGUAUAGAACUAUAUGCUCAGAAUGGAUAAUCGACAUAGAAACAGUGCAAAUCUGUAUCAAGGAGCAAAGGACAUAGCCAGAGAGAUGAACCAGGUGUCCGAUGACUACAGGUAUCAGGAUGGCAACUAUGACCCUUAUGCCCCCACCGAUGGCUAUUACCAUGAUGGGAAUGAGCCUGCCCAAGAAGAGGAUGCCCAGAGUGAUGCCACAGAAGGCCACGAUGAAGACGACGAGGUCUACGAUGGAGAGUACCAGGGCAUCCCUCACCCAGAUGACAUGAAGUCCAAACAGAAGAAGAAAGCCCCUGCCAUGGUUGAUGAGUUUAGAGACAAGGCUGAGCUCAUAGCAGAGCGGAUGGAGGAUGAGGAGCAGCUGGCUCACCAGUAUGAGAACAUCAUUGAGGAGUGUGGCCAUGGGCGCUUCCAGUGGACACUCUUCUUUGUUUUAGGCUUGGCACUGAUGGCGGACGGGGUGGAGGUGUUUGUGGUUGGCUUUGUUCUGCCCAGCGCAGAGAAGGAUAUGUGCUUGUCCAGCUCCAACAAAGGGAUGCUAGGGCUCAUAGUCUACCUGGGAAUGAUGGUGGGAGCUGUUUUUUGGGGUGGCCUGGCAGAUAAACUGGGAAGGAAGAAAUGCCUCAUCAUAUCACUCACAAUCAAUGCUGCCUUUGCAUUCCUCUCCUCUUUCGUCCAGGGAUAUGGAUUCUUCCUCUUCUGCCGCCUUAUCUCCGGCCUCGGCAUUGGGGGAUCCCUCCCCAUCGUCUUUGCUUAUUUCUCUGAAUUCCUAUCUCGUGAGAAGAGAGGGGAGCACCUAAGCUGGCUGUGCAUGUUCUGGAUGAUUGGCGGCAUUUAUGCCUCAGCAAUGGCUUGGAGCAUCAUUCCACACUAUGGCUGGGGUUUCAGCAUGGGAACCAAGUACCACUUCCACAGCUGGAGGGUAUUUGUAGUCGUCUGUGCCCUGCCCUGUAUCGCUUCACUGGUGGCGCUUAAAUUCAUGCCGGAAAGUCCACGUUUUUUGCUGGAGAUAGGUAAACAUGAUGAAGCCUGGAUGAUUCUCAAGCAAGUUCAUGAUACCAACAUGAGGGCCAAAGGGGAGCCGGAGAGGGUGUUUACGGUUGCCAACAUCAAAACUCCAAAGCAAGUAGACGAAUUUAUUGAAAUCCAGAGCUCAACAGGAACAUGGUACCAGCGCUGGUUGGUCAGAUUCACAACCACAUUCAGACAGGUCUGGGACAACCUCUUGUAUUGCUUGACAGCCCAGUACAGGAUGAAUACACUGAUUCUGGCUCUGGUUUGGUUUGCAAUGGCCUUUAGUUACUAUGGCCUUACUGUCUGGUUCCCUGACAUGAUCCGAUAUCUCCAGAAUGAGGAAUAUGAAACCCGUGUCAAAAUCUUCAAUCGGGAACGUAUAGAGCACUUCACCUUCAACUUCACACUGGAAAACCAGAUCCAUAGGAAUGGAGAAUAUGUCAAUGAUAAGUUUGAGAAGAUGAAAUUCAAAUAUGUGACCUUUGAGGACAUGCUGUUUGAGGAGUGCUAUUUUGAAGACGUGACAUCCAGUGAGACCUUCUUCAAAAACUGCACCAUUAUCUCUUCUGUCUUCUAUAACACUGACCUUUAUGAACACAAAUUCAUCGAGUGCAGGGUUAUAAACACCACCUUCCUGGUCCAGAAGGAGGGAUGUCACCUGGAUUUUGAGCAGGAAAACGACUUUCUGAUUUAUCUCGUCAGUUUCCUGGGUAGUUUGUCUGUGUUGCCUGGCAACAUCAUCUCAGCACUGCUCAUGGACAAAAUAGGAAGAAUAAAGAUGAUUGGUGGCUCCAUGCUGAUUUCUGCAGUUUGCUGCUUCUUUCUGUUCUUUGGCGAUAGCGAGUCUGCCAUGAUUGGCUUGCAGUGUCUGUUUUGCGGGGCCAGCAUUGCUGCCUGGAAUGCCCUGGAUGUGAUCACUGUGGAGCUCUAUCCCACCAGUAAAAGAUCCACAGCCUUUGGUAUCCUCAAUGGUCUCUGCAAAUUUGGUGCCAUCCUGGGGAACUCUAUCUUUGCCUCCUUUGUUGGGAUAACCAAAGUGGUUCCCAUCCUUCUGGCCUCCUCUGCACUGGUUGCAGGAGGCCUGUUAGCUCUGAGGCUACCAGAAACUCGAGAACAGGUCCUGAUGUGAGCAACCAGGCAGCGGGUAAAUAAAGAAGAGCUACACAAAAGAGCCAUGGCUAGAAAAAUCAAAAUGUCCACUUAUAUUUUGCUGCUGAUACCUCAGAUAUGGGGAGGGGGAAAGAAGCAACCCCUAAUUUAAGAUCACUUCCCAUCCAUGUUUGGCUCUUUGCAACCAGGGUAUGUGCAUCCAGCAGAACUUGGCUCAUUUGCUUGCGAUACAACCCACACUGGGGAGGGAAUGAGGAUCUGUCCUUCCCAUGUAUGCAUGAGCACAACGGUCACAAAAUGUGCGUGUGCAGGAAUCAAGGGGGAAGAACAGAUUCAAACCUCUAUAUCCCCUGGAGGAGUUGCAAGAAAGCACCUGCAUUUCCAUGCUGGUGCAGGCAAUUAACACAAGCUGUCCUUGCUUGCAAAAGAACUGGAAGAUAGUUAACAAACCAGCUUUGCUGAGGUUAGUUUUUCCUUUGGAGUCAAGAUUUCCAAAAGUAACUAGUGAUAUGGAGUAUCUUGAUUUUUAGGGGCCCUACCUGAGACACUUUCAAAGGGGCCUGAUUUUCAGAGAAGUGUGCGGUGCUUUCUGAAAAUCAGGUCCCUUGUAUUAUCUCUAAAGGGCACCCAGAAUCACAAGUCACGUUUUGAUCUGGGAUUUUUUAAAAUAAAAAAUAUAACCUAUUUUAAUCAAUUUUUAAAUCUUUAUGUUGUUCUAAUCAGGAGGAAACUAAAACAAAAACUAUAACCCAGUCCCACUAAUCUGAGAAACUGAGAGCAAUCCCUAGGAAGAGACAUGUAAUUCUUGUCCAGCCAACAGUUCUUUAAAUGGUGUUGAUUUUAGGAUAUUUCUAUAAAAGGAUUUUUUUUUCUGCCUAGUUCUGUUUAAGAGAAAUUGGCAUGAUGUUGGGGAUUCUGCAAACCAAAUGUGUAUAUAUUAUGCAGUGUAAAUAGGGGACAAUUUUGUUCAAAAUUUAGAGUAUGGUAACUGUUAGCAUUUACCAGCAUUUUAGCCAUAUUAGUUAAGAAAAAUAUGUGAGUUUCCUAUAGAAUUGGGUCUUAUUGGAGCACUGUAAGCACAAUUAUUUCUAUCCUUUUAACCUGUUAUUUAGAGAAUGCACUUAGCAAACUUUCAUUGUUGGUACAUUUAAUUGUCUGUUAAGUGGGGUAAUUAAGUUUUAUAUACUGUAAAGAGCAUUCUUGGAAUUCCUAUACUCCUCAUGAUAUGACUUUGCCACACAACUUAACACAAAGUGAUACAGUAGAACCCCAGAGUUACAAACUGACUGGUUAUGAUACGUGUAAUUUGGAAUCAGAAAUACGCAAUCAGUCAGCACAGACCAAAAAAGCAACCACUGUACAGCACAAUACUAUUAAACAUAAAUUACUAAAAAUUAAAGGAAAAGUUAAAAAAAAGACAAGGUAAGAAAACUGAUUCUUUGCAUGUUACAUUGAAAUUAAGAUGGUUCAAAAAAGCAUUUUGGUUCUGCAUAGUAACGUUUCAACACUGUAUUAAGUCACUGUUCAGUUGCAAAUGUUUGACGGUACAACACUAAUGUUUUGUUUAAAGUUAUGAACAUUUCAGAGUUAUGAACAACUUCUAUUCACAAGCUGUUUGUAAAUCCGAGGCUAUUCUGUACACGUUCAGUCGCAAUUUCAGAGAUAUAUUUUUGGAAGCAAAAAUGAAAGGCAAGAAAAAAAGUAAGCCUCCACAGCUCAUGACAAAUAGAUAAUGCUAAUCAGAUUAUUAGCAGGCACAGAGGCUGGCUGGCAUCUAAUGGGAACCAAUGACUCAUGCAGGAAAUUUGUGUUGCUAAGACAUUUUGUGACAUGAAAAGGUGUUUGGUAUUUUUGCCACUGUCAGGUUUGAUGGAGAAGUGGCACAGUGCAAAUGUAAAUCAAGGUUUCCAUUUGGGCUGUUAAAAAUCACUGGUUCACAUUUGAAUCCAAGCUGAAAUUUGUCAAAAUCCACAAGGAUUUCCCCUUUACACAACAGGCGGCAGUGAACUGAUGGUUCAUAUAAUGGUACAGUUGCCAGCAAAAAUGCAUCUUACGGAAUAAUGCAUUCUACUAUAUAGAAACUACUAGAGAUGUUCACUUAUUUGCAUAACAGAUCCCUAGAAACUCAUGUGCUGAUUGGAUUCUAGAGUUUUGUGGCUCACUUGCUCUGUCUUUCCUUUCUUGCCAGGUCAUCCUUCUCCUCUUUAAUGACCUUUAAAAGGCAUAUUAACCUGCCCUGGGUCCCCUGCCUUUAAGAACAGGAAAGAGGCCACUCUGAAUCCCCUAUAUCUAGGGUUAAAGACUUAAAGUCUAACUCCUCCACUGCACAGAGGCAGUUAUAUAUAAGCAGUAACUCACAUUAAUAUUGUCCCCUGAUAGCUACAGGAUUCAUUCAGGGCACCAUUGCAUUUGCUACAGUAAAAGUAUAUACUGAGUACCAAUAAAUUAUGGGAAGCAAAUGUUUCUGUGACUCCUUGCCAGUGACAUUAAAUCUCUGUUGGAUUUCACUGUUCUGUGGUCUUCUCAAGCAAGGAAGUGGCACUAAGUAAUCGUGAAACUCCCAGGUGACAACAGGCUAUGGAUUUUGCAGAUUUAGGUUGAGGCUUAUGAAUGUGAUAAAAUCAUGAAGUGCUGUAAUAAUUCCAAGUGUCUUAUGCCUCGUUUCUUCCAUUUAUAAAUAGCUUUGAACCCUUCUUUACUAGUCUUUAAAAGGGCUAGGUCCAGCUUUCUUCAGGCACAUCACAUGGUCCCUCAGAAAGGCUGCAAGUCAUGUUACUAUAUCCUUUUAAAUAUGGCAACAGUACACGGGUGCCUCCUUAACCCUUUCUCUGCGGCUGAGAACUGUGUCCCAGAAAACAGUGUUCCCUAAAAACCAUCCAAACCCUUUCCCAUGGCUGGAGAUAGAUAGGUAUGUCAGCACUGAAGUACUCACUGACUUUCUUGUGGUUAAGCUACUUGGCCGGGCGACUCACUCUAUUUGUCCCAGUGUGUCUGGGGAGAAUGUUACACUGGACUUUAUCUCUCAAGGUCCCUUCUGGUUCUAAUAUUCUAUGAUUCGAUGAUCUGGCCUAGUACAGUAAUUUGUAUCAUUCUGUGAUGGGGAGCUCAUCCCUAUUUAUUUUACUAAGCACUGUUAGGUAAGCGUGUAGUGGUGUGACAUUCAAAAGUACUAACUUGACCUGAUUGUGUUCCACACUGACCUUGUACAAUGACUCUAGCUGCAGUGUUUACACUGAGAAAGUAAUGAAUACAUUUCUCAGAAGAUCUUCAAUCACUAGAAACGGAUGAGUAGAUUUGGAGAUGAUCACUAAAUCUUUAGAAGCCUUGGAUGUUUGGAUCCCAGAGGUUAGGUGGGACAAAGAAUUGGGUGGUGGACAGUGAGUAUCAGUCUUAUAUUAGCAAGGGGAAUCAGCUAGCUGAUAAAAUAGUCCUGUUGCAUCUCUAAUAUGUAUGAUGCAGUCACUCACAAAUAUGCAGGAUGCUGCCCUUGUGUCCCAAUGACUUGUACAAUUCUUGUCUGUGAACUGUGGAGCAGGAGUUCACAAGCCCAGAUCUAAUGUAAGAGGUUAGACACAUUGCAUCUGAUAAUAGUCGGAGAAGGGAUUCUACAGUGCUAGGCAUAUAACAAAGACUGUAGUAUGGGGAAAUAAAACCCAUCUUAUUCUGAUUACAGAGAUCUGUCGAUUCCUCAAUAUACUCUCAGCACUCCUGUUUUUGUUCAUUUGUAGCCCAAUUAGCUCCCUGUAAAGCUGCACCCGCCCCUCCAGUGUUUAUCCUCCCCCUACUGCCUGCUAGUUUUAGACUAGGGGCCAAACCAAAGUGCUUUAUGCUCAACUUUGGAAUGUUUGGAAAUGGGUCUGAAUUUUGAGCUGCUGCCAAUCUCUUUUCGGGAUCAAACCCAUGAAUCCCAACAGCCUUAUAGUGUGUGGAGUGAGCCCAUUUCUACAGUGAAAUCUGUUUCAUAUCAACAUUGCAAGAGAUGGGAACUGGGCCCAGCUAGAGAUGGAAUUUCUCAGAUAAGGCCAAUAUUUUACCUUUCUAUUUCUGAUAUUUGCAACAGUUUAAGGUCAUCUCAACUUAGAAUGUCCUGGAUACACUGGACCAUCUAUUGGAGGGACUGGUUCCUGGUUAUAGAAAGCUAUGAGCUUCCAUUUCACUCCCAAAAUCAUUUAGCAGAUUUCAUAGACUUUAAGGCCAAAAGGGACCAGUAUGAUCAAUUGGUCUUACCACUGGCAACAGGGACACAGAACAAAGAGGGUUCUGCCACAAACUCCAUGGGUCUCUGAGGAUCUGCCAAAGAGCAGUAUGGCCCUCUCUUUCACAUGGUCGCGGGCACAAUGGUUGAGAUACAUGCUCUACCACCUGGACAGGGGAAACAAAGCAGGUUGAGAGGCCCUUCUAUGGAUGACUCUGGUGGGUACAAUCUAGCACCUGUGCCUCCAUUUUCCUACCUGUAAAGUGGAGUGGAUGAAACCCACCAGUAACACAGGGAUAUAGGGAGUUUUGAUUCAGUAGCAUACAUAAGCAUCCCAAGAUCCACUGGUGGGAGGUGCCAGUGAAAUGCAAACAUACACUAGUCUGAGCAUCCUGGCCCUAUUCUAAUAUGGGGAAUUUCUAGGCCCACCAAGAGGGGCAGGGCAAAUGGGGCAGUUGCCCCAAGGCCCAGUGAUUCAAAGGGGUCCAGGGUUCCCAGCUGUCCCUGUUUCUACUGUGGCAGCAGCCAGAGUCCGUGGUCCUUUGAAUCAUCACUGGAGCGCAGUGUCGUGCACUUCAGGCUGGCAGGGAGACCUGUGUGGUGCAUUGUGGGUGGAGCGCUGGCUGCUCCCAGUCCCGCCCCUUCUGUGCAAGGCCCAGUCCUUUCUGGGAGCCCCACACGCCUUUGCUCAGAUGCCCAGGGAGGUUAUUGAUGCCCUUGGGAAUUGCAUUCCCACUCCAUAUAUUUCCUGGUGCUUUAGUCGGUUAGAAUAUUCUCCACCCCUUCCAUUAACUCAGUUGUGCAGAGCUUCCUCUUGCUGGCAUCCUUAGAGCGGCUGAACUCAGCCCCAGAAAGGGCCACAGUUUGGCGGAGGUUACUAUGUCAGCAGUAAUUCUGGAACAUUCUCUGAAACUUUAAAAAGCCAGUACCUGAACCCAUCAUUAUAUUAUUACUGAAACAUGAGCUAUAGAUCUGAUAUUUGAAGCCAGACCCAAACUUCUUCCAAGUGGAGGAGGGAUCAGAUCUGGGGAUCCAUUACAGAGAUAGGAUAGAGCCAGAUCUGAGCAUGGGAUUCUCUUUUCUGACAACUGCUAAGAUUUUUGUUAAUGAAAUUUACUUUGGUGACAUGAGGAGCCAUUCACUUUCCCACUCAAGUCCUUUGACUUUUCCAAAGACACAUAAGCCCCACAUGGAACAUUCAGGCUGAUGUGUAACAAAACCCCAUGCACCGUGUGGACUGUCAAAUCUCUCUCACCCAAUCUCACCUCUGUAUCAACUAAUGCAGCUUUUAGGGGAAAACAGACUGGAAAGUGUGAAAGAAACAAAACAAAACCCCCAUAACUUCUUUACUGUAUGUUAUUCUAGAGCUGUCUAAACUUGUAUGCACUGUGUGGUUCACUGUAAAUAAUAUCCAGUGUGGUACAUUUAAUGGAAUGUUUCAUGUGGAUGUUCUCUCAGCUGACUGUUCGUGUGAAAUGGCCAAUUCCAUUUCCUUGGUUUCUUUCCUUUCUUUUCAAAUAUUUUUUUGGUUUGAUCCCGUGUUUGUCACUGCAAAAUGGAGCCAUUGCAAUGGACUUUGUUUUUGUUCUGUCACAUUAAAAGCU